AUGCAAGCAAGAAGGAUAAGGCACGACGUCAUCGGCCUGGCCGAGACGAGAAGAGGCCACCCAUUCAAUGCCGUCUAUGACAUCCGAGAAGAACUGUUCCUCGGAACAUGCAAAAGUAGAGGAGUCGGCGGAGUUGGCUUUCUCAUCAACACGAGUUUGUCCAUGAACAUCGAUUCAUUUGAACAGCUUACAACCCUAAUCGGACGUUUACUAUUAAAAAAAUGUGGAUCAAUACCGGCUUUGACAGUCUUCGUCGUUCAGGCGCCGACAUCAAACUAUGACGAAGAAGAAGUCGAAGCGUUCUAUACGGACACGGAGAAGUUCUACAGAGAAGACAGUACAUUCUUCAAGGUCAUCAUUGGAGAUUUCAACGCGAAGAUUGGACCAAGAAAAACGUCUUAA